AUGGCCGAGGUCGAGCCUUCCGUCGGCGACGAGUCGUUUUCGCAUGCCGAACCGAAUAUGACGGUGGGCACGAGACGUCAGGCGAAUGGCACGAUCGGAUCCGUCUACUCGGGAAACAAGAUUAGGCACCUGAAAAAGGAAGAUGGUAUCCCGCUUUGGCGCAAGGACAUCCAGUACCAGUUUCUCAAGCUCGUCUUCGAGGAUAAAACGCCCGUCUUCACUCGCUGGCCGGAUGGAAAGAAGGGCUUCGACUUCGCCGACGUCUACAUUGAUGCGAUGGCGCGCAGCAGCAAGACGAGCAAGAUCCUCAAGGACAAGCUCCAGAAUGAUAAGCAGGCUGCUAUCAGCAUGGCUAUGGUGUGUUUGCUCGUCAACUUUGGGCGAAUGAACACUACCCUCAACUUUUUCCCUGAGAUGCGCGCUCAACUGCGGACCUACCACUCGAUCCCCUCGUUACAGGCGCACCAAGACCCCAAUGCCUACAAACAACUGCAGGAUGCUCCUCGUCUCAAAUCUAUCCUCAAGGGUGCGUCGGAGGAUGUUGACCAGCCGAACACACUUGAGAUGAUCAAGAAUAGCACCAUACCCCGGACAAACCCUGUCAACCUAAUCUUCGUUCUGGCCCAAUACGCCCCCAAAGUGUCCGAGUUGCACUUCUUUCCUCCCCGCGAUUUCUUCGAUCUCGUUAUGAGAUCAACACUGAGCAGCAAGAGCCGUGCUAAAGCGUUUCUCUGGCUGAUGUGGUGGUACUUGGAGGGUGACUUUACCCCCGAGGCUGCCCUCAAUAAUCCGUUCGGCGCGGGUCUGGAUGGCGAAGGAACAGGCGGCCUGCCGAUCAAGGUGCCCAACUUCGAGAGCCUCACUGAGGAUCAGGCCAACGAAGAGAACGUGGAUACGCAAUCCGAGAUUGAAUAUGGAGAGGCUAAGCGCUUGGAGCGAAAACGUAUCUUAGAGGAAGAUGAGCCCUUGCCUAGGGUACCGAAACGCUCUAAAAAAGUCUCCGAGUUUGGGUAUGAUGAGGACCAGGGCUCGGGUGAUAUCUCUGGUAUCGCCUCAGGUCGAGGUGAUGGUCGCGGCUCCGCCAUGUCGACUCCAUUGCACCCCUCCUUCAAGCGAUACCCCCCAGACGAUGAGGACGACUACCAAACUCCCGGGCAGUCGGCUCGCUCCCGGUAUAAACGUCCCAAACGUGAUUCAUCCCUUAACCGUUCCGUCGGUGGGCAGCGCAUCGUCCUAAAAACUAAACUAGAGAAUACCCCGGAUGCAGCUUCUCCUGCGCCCCCCGGCUCAAGCCACCCGAUCCUCAAUCGGUUUGUCAAUGAACCAAGUCUGCCUCAGCAAAGCUCUUCUCGGCGGCCCCGUCCUCUCACGCAGCAUCAACUUGCGGUCGAGCAAAACCGACGACAGCGUAUCGAAUACUUGCUUGCCAAGCGAAAGACCGAGGCAUAUCGAAUGCUGCGUGCGAAGCGGGAGAGCGAAAUUCCCUUUGCCCGCUACGGCCGCCUACUGCAGGGCCUUCCCGACGGGUACGACACGGAAGACGAGCAAACCUCCUGGGGCAAAGGAGGUCUGAACCCCAACCCGGAGGAAGAGGAGGACUUUGGAGAGAAUGCUAGCUACUUCUUAUCCGUGGUUCGUAAGGCUGCUCGGCGACUGGACCGAUGGGAUCACGACGACGCAAACGGCCCCAAGAGAGAUCGGAAGAAGGAACGAGAAGAGCGCCAGAAAGAUCGACUGAAUCGACUGACUGAAAGUGCUCUGGACGGGAGCGGGCGUGCGCCUACCUCCGCCCGCAGCCGAGCUCGAGCUGCACGGAAUGCCCGCCGCAAGCUUGCGGGGGCCGCAGCAGGGGCCGCAUCGGGAUCUAUUUCCAAGGCGCAGGCCUCAUCGUCUCGUUCUAAGAGCAGCCGGAACCGCGGCCAUCACAACGAGGCCGAUGCGCAGGCGGCCACGGACGGCGCCGGCAGGGACGGCCUGGGAGCUCCGUCGCGGGACCACGAACUCUCGCCAAUGCCUGCCUCGGCACAACUAGGGGACGACGAUAUCGAGGGCGAAGGCGAGGAAGGCCUUGACGAUAUCGACCGGGAACUUCUGGGCGAGGGAAGCGGCGACGACGACGAAGGACCGUCUCGACUGGGCGGGCCCUCUCGCCCGUCGGAGCCGGGCUACGAGGAUAGCUUCAUGGAAGGGGCCGAUGACGACGCGGAAGGCCUGUCUUCAGACGACAACGACGAAGAAGCCGACGAGGAUGACCUUGACGAGGGAGAGGGAGAGGUUGACGUCGACGUGGAAGGCGAGGGCGAGGGCGACGACAAUUCCUCGACCUUCGAGGGUGGACAUGGAUAUGCUGCCAGCGAGACCUCGUCCGUUGCACCCGAGCCGGGGCCCGACGCAGGCCGCCCAGCUGACGAGAAGGAGGACGAGACGAUGGAGGAUCAAUAA